AUAUUUAUAUAGAUUUGCACUCAUACGUCAUAUUGGAUAUUUAUUUCAGGAAAGUAAAAGAGAUCGUGAAACUCCUUUCUAAGUAGUGUUUUACAUACAGGUUUUACAUAAAAACAAACUGUAAAGCAAGAGCGGGUUAAUUAAAAAAACUUGUGAAUUUUUUGGUGCAGUAGGAUCGGUACGGUAGGAUCCAUCCAGUAUUACCAAUUUGAACCUAUAAGACAUGUAUGCUUCUGGAAUAGGUAACGAACCCAUAGCACAGCGUAUGAUAUCCCACGUUUGGGAAGAAUUUCGUGCUGCAAAUUCCGAUGUAGAAGCCCUGGGUCUACGGGCGAUAUUUUUUGGCGAAAUGAUGAAUAAUUCGGAGUACUAUGAAUACCAGAAUGGUAGAACAGCAGUACAGAAUAGGAAUUCUGCGUUGAAUCAUUACCAAGUGGAUGCUUUGGAACUUGGCCAAAGCGAAGAUUUUCUAUUAGAUGUUCCAAAAAGCGCUAUCACCAGCAAUUUGGACUUCAAAGAAAUGGCUAAGAUCAUCGGUGUCACAUAAUAUCAGCGAGCAAUUAACUUUGCCGUUAUGCGAAUUGGUCGGUACCUAUAUGUUUUUUUAAUUAUAGAAAAUCGUUAGAGGUGUUCUUACUAAUAGAAAAGGGAAUUUCAUUACAGAAUCGUUUACAAUCAGAGCGUGGCUUAGCAAAUGGCAAUCAGAUUCUGCGGUUUGCUCCCCGCCAGGAAGACCAAAUAGUUCCUAUGUCUAGUGUAUUUCCCAAGAAAUAUCGCAGCAAUAAAUCAGAAAAUGGGUUUGGAUAUUGAUCGGCAAUCGCACACAAGUGAUUCCUUAUAACAGUGAUUAUAAUCUCUUUUAUCACAUUAUUAAUUUUGUAUGAAGCCUUUGGCUCUGAUUUAUAAAUUAAAACAUGUACCGACGCACCAAGAGAUAGGGAAGCAACUUCACACAACAUGUUAGGGACGUAAGGUUAAGAAAACCUAUUUAUCUUGACAGUGUAAUUUUAAGCUUAUUGUUACUGUGGAUUAGUAGAGAAAAAUCCGUUCGUUUGGAUUAUCCAUAAAAAUUUGUAAUAAUCAAUGCUGAAAAAUGCAGGUUAUAAUUUCAU